AUGUCGUCGACGCUACUGGAGGUGACACGUGCCGGUCACGAGGAGGUGGAGCGGCUCGAGCGGCUGAUAGUGAAGGACUUCCAGAACGAGCCGCCUUCCAGCAAGGACCGCUUGUAUCAGGGCCACCGUGUCCGCCACAUGAUCGAUACCAUCUCCUCCACCACCGAAAGACUCAUUGAGAUCUAUGAAGAUAAAGAUAACGCGAGGAAGGAUGAGAUUGCCGCUCUUGGAGGCCAGACUGCCACUGGCAUCAACGUUUUCAGUGCAUUUUAUGAUAGAUUGAAAGAGAUCCGUGAGUAUCAUCGAAAGCAUCCAGCUGCACGUGUUGUUGAUGCUAAUGAGGAAGAAGAGGCACUGCUUAAGGAGGAACCUCAAAUUGAGUUCAGCGGAGAGGAAGCUUUUGGACGGUACCUUGACUUGCAUGAAUUGUACAACCAGUAUAUCAAUUCUAAAUUUGGGGAACCUAUCGAAUAUUCUGCUUACCUUGAUGUUUUUUCACAACCACAAAAGAUUCCUCGCAAACUCAAACUGAAGUUGUCAAGGCAGUACAGCGAAUACAUGGAAAAUCUACUUGCUUAUCUGAUGUAUUUUUUCCAGCGGACAGAGCCCUUGCAAGAUCUUGAUAGAAUAUUUUCAAAGGUUGAAACUGAAUUUGAAGAGCAAUGGGCAGAUGGCAAGGUAAAAGAAUGGGAAAAUGAGAAGCAAGAAAAUGGGCAUCUUCAAGAUCAGCUUACUUUGAUCGAUCUUGAUUUUUAUACCACAGUGGAAGAACUGAUGGAAGUGGGUCCUGAAAAGCUAAAGGAGGCACUAGCUUCAUUAGGACUGAAGACAGGUGGCACUGUUCAGCAGCGUGCAGAGAGGCUUUUCCUUACAAAGGACACACCUCUGGAAAAGUUGGACAGGAAACAUUUUGCCAAGGGUUCGCGAGGUUCAGUACAGAAUGGGGCUGCUGCAGCUUCACAAGAAGUUGACAAUUCAAAAGAAAUUGCUUUAUUGGAAGCCAAAGUGAAAAAACUAUGCGAUUUACUGAAUGAGGCUAUUGAACGAACGAAAGACAACAUUGUGAAGAAACAGGCUUUGACAUAUGAAGAAAUUGAAGCAGAACGUGAAGAGGAAGAGACACAGGCUGAUACUGAAAGUGAUGAUGAUGAGCAGCAGAUUUACAAUCCACUCAAAUUGCCGAUGGGUUGGGAUGGGAAACCCAUUCCAUACUGGCUGUAUAAGCUUCAUGGUCUUGGUCAGGAAUACAAGUGUGAGAUAUGUGGGAAUUACAGUUACUGGGGGCGUAGAGCUUUUGAGAGACAUUUCAAGGAAUGGCGCCACCAACAUGGGAUGCGUUGCCUCGGCAUACCAAACACCAAGAACUUCAAUGAGAUCACAUCAAUUGAGGAAGCAAAAGAACUGUGGAAGAGGAUACAAGCACGGCAAGGUGUGAAUAAGUGGCGCCCAGAUCUUGAAGAAGAGUAUGAAGACAGAGAGGGUAACAUCUACAAUAAGAAGACAUAUACUGAUCUGCAGCGACAGGGGCUGAUUUAA